AGUUGGGCAGCGCACACGAGACAGCGCUGAUCUGUCGCUAAUAUUGGUAAAGUCGCUGGGACUGGGACUGGCACCGAGAGGAGGAAUAAAGGGACUGGCACUGACUCAGGACAGAGAGUGAAACUACUGGAAAUCACCCGCGACUAGAGAGCAAGACGCCGACCCAAGAGGAAACCGAGCGGAAUGAAGAUGAGAGCGGAGCGGAUUGUGCCCGUAUUGACCCUGAUCCUGAGCAACGUCUUUAUUGUCCUACAGACCAAAGAGGUUGUGCUGCUGGAUUUCGAGAAGACUCAAGGAGAACUUGGCUGGCUCACCCACCCAUAUGGCAAAGGGUGGGACCUGCUGCAGAACGUGAUGAACGGCAGUCUGAUCUACAUCUACUCGGUGUGCAGUGUGCAGGAGGGGGAGCAGGACAACUGGCUGCGCACCAAUUGGAUCUACCGUAGCGAGGCGCAGCGCAUCUUUGUGGAGCUGAAGUUCACGGUGAGAGACUGCAACAGCUUCCCCGGGGGCUCGGGCACCUGUAAGGAAACCUUCAACCUGUACUACAUGGAGUCCGACAUCGAUUACGGCACCAACUUCCAGAAGCGCCAGUUCCGCAAGAUCGACACCAUCGCCCCCGAUGACAUCACAGUGCCGGCCGACUUUGCCUCGCGCAACGUGAAAGUGAACGUGGAAGUGCGCUCCGUGGGGGCCCUCAGUCGCAAAGGCUUCUACCUGGCGUUCCAAGACAUCGGGGCCUGCGUGGCGCUGCUUUCUGUGCGUAUUUACUACAAGAAAUGCCCGUCUGUGGUGCAGGGGAUGGCGCAGUUUCCAGAGACCGUUGCUGGUGCCGACUCUCAGUCCUUGGCGAAGGUUUCGGGCAAGUGUGUGAAUAACGCUGUGUCGGUCAACAGAGACGAUCCCACAAUGCACUGCAACACGGACGGAGAGUGGCUGGUACCCAUUGGCCACUGCUUGUGCCAACCUGGCUAUGAGAAAGUGGGAGACACCUGCCAAGCUUGCCAGCCAGGAUUCUACAAGUCAGAAACCUCCAACGGACCCUGCCAGCUCUGCCCGGAUCAUACAGAACCCACCAGCCAGGCUGCCACUUUCUGCCCCUGCAACGAUGGAUUCUUCCGCUCCACCUCCGACCCCAGCUCUGACCCUUGCACCAGUUUCCCAUCUGCCCCCCGUGACCUCACUGCAGUUGACUUAGGAUCAAAGGUGAUGCUGCGCUGGUUGCCCCCCAGUAACUCCGGGGGCCGCAGUGACAUCACAUACACGGUGACGUGUGAGAAGUGUGCGCCAGAGGCCAGCGAGUGCACCCCCUGCGAUCAUAACAGUAUCCGUUUUUCCGAAAACCCUCUGGAACUGAAAGGCACCACCAUCACCAUCAUGGACCUGGAGCCUCAUCUCAACUACUCCUUCACAGUAGAAGCACGGAAUGGUGUUUCUGGUUCCGGCUCCAGCCGCAGUUACGCAACUCUGAGGAUCAGCCUGAACCAAACUGAACCCCCAAAAGUCACCUUCAUAACCCUGGAUAACCAGGGGACCAACUCCCUCAGCAUGUCCUGGUCGGUGCCUCCUCGCCAGCAGACCCGCGUCUGGAAGUACGAAGUCACCUACAGUAAGAAGCACGAUGCCAACAGUUACUCGGUGCAGCGGUGCGAGGGCAACUCCGUCACCCUCCUGAAACUCACCCCAGGGACCACCUAUGUCGUCCGGGUGCAGGCGCUGACACAAGAGGGAGUCGGGGUUUACAGCAGGGACUAUGAGUUUGAAACUUUGUCUGUUGAGGAAAGCUCUAACAAGGCCGCUGUUAUUGGUGGUGCCAUCGCCGGGUCCAUUAUAAUCGCCAUCUUUGUGGGCGUCAUUAUCUUCAUGCACCGGAGCCGGAGGAACCCCAAUAUCCGCCAUAGUGAGGAGGACAUCUACUUCUCCAAGCCUGAUCAACUGAAACCCCUUAAGACCUACGUGGACCCCCAUACAUAUGAAGAUCCCAACAAGGCCGUGCUGAAAUUCACCAUGAGAUUUCGCCCAACUCCAUCACGCGCGAAAGUAAUCGGAGCAGGUGAAUUUGGGGAAGUGUUUAAAGGAAUCCUGAAGCUGCCGGGGAAGAAAGAAUCAACAGUUGCCAUUAAAACCCUAAAGGCCGGCUACACGGAGAAGCAGCGCAAUGACUUCCUCAGCGAGGCGAGCAUCAUGGGACAGUUCUGUCAUCAUAACAUUAUCCGCCUGGAGGGGGUGGUCUCCAAAUAUAAGCCAAUGAUGAUCGUUACUGAACACAUGGAGAACGGAGCCUUGGACAAGUUCUUAAAGGAUAAUGACGGAGAGUUUAGCCCCAUCCAGCUGGUGGGAAUGCUCCGAGGUAUCGCCGCCGGUAUGAAGUAUCUUUCGGAGAUGAACUACGUGCACCGCGAUCUGGCUGCUCGGAACAUUCUGGUGAACAGCCAACUGGUGUGCAAAGUGUCUGAUUUUGGGCUCUCUCGAGUGCUGGAGGAUGACCCCGAGGCUACUUAUACCACUAGUGGGGGAAAGAUCCCGAUCCGUUGGACGGCCCCUGAAGCCAUCUCUUACCGGAAGUUCACCUCCGCAAGUGACGUGUGGAGCUACGGAAUUGUCAUGUGGGAAGUGAUGUCAUACGGGGAACGACCUUACUGGGAAAUGUCCAAUCAGGAGGUCAUGAAGGCCAUUAACGAGGGUUUCCGACUCCCGGCCCCCAUGGACUGCCCGUCGGCCAUUUACCAACUAAUGAUGCAAUGCUGGCAGCAGGAGCGCAACCGCCGGCCCAAGUUCCCCGAUAUCGUCAGUAUCCUGGACAAGCUGAUCCGAGCCCCCGACUCUCUCAAGACAUUGGCUGAUUUUGACCCAAGAAUCUCCAUUCGGCUGCCCAGUACCAGCGGGUCGGAAGGAAUGCCAUUCAGAACCAUCGCUGAGUGGCUGGACUCCAUCAAGAUGCAGCAGUACACCGAAUUCUUCAUGGCCUCCCCCUAUAACUCAAUGGAUAAGAUCAUUCUCAUGAACCAAGAAGACAUCAAGCACAUGGGCAUCCGGCAGACAGGGCACCAGAAACGCAUCGCAUUUAGUAUCCUGGGACUGAAGGAACACGCCAGCACUAUGGGCAUCCCCAUCUGAGGACCAACUGCACCUGUAACCACGGCAAUAUCCUCCAUCCGAGGACCCCACCGUCUGCAUUUUUAUUGCCUUUGCGUUAUAAAGGCAGAAGACCCCCCCCUCUCUGUGGACCCCCCACAAAAUGUUGAACAUACUUGAAGUGUAAGGUCAGCAGGGAGAGACUGAAGCUUUUACAUAUAACGCAGCUUCUCCCCCUGCUGACGUGCACAUGGAUUCUUCCACCUGUGGUGCUUGUGCUGGGGUUCACUGCACUUUCUAAAUGCAGGGGGGGGGGCAUGUAGAUGAACUGCCAGUGGUGGGUCCUGGAGAUGCCCCAUAUCAGACUGAUGCUGCUAAAUAACAUCUCACUAUGGCAACAGCCGCCCGGCCUAUGGAUGAGAAAUACAAAGCAAUGAACCAUUUUAGGAACUUGCUUUCUCAUUGGUCAGAACCUGCGGUGCUGAGACGUGGCCCUUGCGGACCGUGGGGCUAUAAAGGGGCAGCGUCUUUGCUGGACUUGGCAGAGCACUUUGUGUUUAUACAUACGGAGAUUAAUGAAGCGACACCCCCCUGGUCUAGGACUCCCAGAUACCCUGUGACUCGGAGCUGCUGGAGACGUGAAACAUCUGGUUGGGGGGGGGGUUGAUAAAUUCCGAGCUUGGUCGCUCAUUACCCUUUUUAUUGUAUUUAUAGACUUUUUACUGUUUUCAGAUUUAUUUUAGCCUCGGUACCAGAAUGGAAAUGGUGGGGCGGCUCUCCCUGAAUGCUGAGCCCCCAACAGCCACCCCUCCCCCGACUGCCCAAUUUAGAUCAUUUGCCAUGAAAUGUACAUUUUGUUAUAAUUAAGACGACAUUUUGCAAUUGAUCUUUCUUUUUACAAUAUUUGUAGAAUUAUAGUUGCCAGGGCCAAAGGCCUUAGCAACAAUACUGUAAUUUUCUAAUCUAUAUAUAGUACAAAGUAGAAAGACCCAUUGCAAAGCUGCUUAGAUCGCUCCUAUCUAAGUGAACUUCCUAGAUCAUAAACCAGAGAAAUUCAUGUUAUACUACAGCUCCCAGCGUCAUAGAUUGUGGGAGAAUGCUGGGAAAUGUAGUUUAAACAGUGCGCUUCCCUCCUUAGUUCACAUAGUCGGGUAUUGGCGCUCUACUGGCUGAGGAAUUAGAUCUCCCAGAAUCCAUUGUGCCAACUAAUCUGGCUGGGAUUGCUGGGAAAUGUAGUCCCGCCAUAGCUGGAGGUUUCCUCUCCUUCCGUUAUAAAAUUGUACAUUCAGUUGAACACAAGAGGCAUUUAAUGGCAUUUAGUUAUCUGUUCCUAAUCGUUUAGAUUCAUGUCGAUAUUUCCAAGUGCCUUGUUACUCGCCCGGGAGUUUCCUCACUGUACCCCCCACCAUUCCCCUCUAAUUUAUUUCUGUGCCUUUCUCUAUGUAGGACGGGGCCUCUCUCAGUGUUAUUAUUGUUCUAUAUGCCAUAAUUAUUUAUUUUUUUAUAUUUAUUGAUAGAAUGUCGGCUGUCAGUUUCUCCGAAAUAAACCCGCACAUUAGUUUUUCAGAGGAA